AUGGCCCCCGCCUGGCUUGAAAAAUACAUUGUGCGUGCAGGCCCGACCCCGGAUCCGCGACGCGCCAAGGAACAGCCUGCUUUGGAAAUACACUACACCGCCCUUAUGGGCCAUCGCCGGAUCUUAGGCGUUGAAGGCGAUACGAUACCACGUUACGAAGUAAAGCGAAAAGCUAUCCUCGCGGCCUGGGGGGACAAGUGCUAUGUCACAUCGCCUGCCGAUGGAGACAGGGAGGUGGCCAUGAUCGACUUCCACGCCUUUCCGCCCAAAACCGAAAUCCAAUUUCCGCAACGAAACCAUGAAGUCAUCAUCAAGGCAACCGAGGGGCACUACGAGUCUAGCGGUGGGCUCGGUCGUUUGCAUUGGAAAGCAACAGGCAUGGUUGCCUACGGCAGGGCCUCGUGGGAACUGAGGGAUGAGUCGGAAAUGGUGAUGUCGGUAACGAUCGACGACUACCAAGUAAAUGGGGUUAUUGGCCUCUGGAGGGACGGCCUUGAUCCGGAGACGGUGGAGGAGCUUGUGGUGGUUGGGAUUUCUCAGAUUGAGGACUAUAAGAAAAUGUUGAGGGGUGCUAAGAGGUCCGGUGUCCAAGCAGCUGUCAGUGCAUCAUGGCUAGCGGGGCACUGGGCGUAA